ACAAGGCCCCUAAGAUGUUGCUUCACAUCGCAUGCUGAGCAGCAGACAAGACUCCUUAAGUCUUCUUGAUGCGGCUUCAUACAGCUCACUGAGCAGCAGACUAUUCUUUCUAUGAUUUGCGAACAGCACUUAAACGUCGUGAUAUCACGUCGUGACCUAUUCUAUCCUUCACGAAAGCAGUCACCAUUCCACGGCUUCCACACAGCCACUUUCAAUGACAACGCAUCUAGGCCAUAUCAUAUCUCCAGGUCUAGGCACUAUGACAUACCUAACCACCUCCAUCAUCACACAAACUGCGGAAGAAAGUUGCCAACAUGGGCCUCUUCAGCUCGUCAAAGCCCAAAGAUGAGAAGCUCUCAGUCAUAUCAUACCCUGUUCUUAUAAAUUCGUCCCUUGGGUUUGGAAUCGAGCCUGAAGCCCUCGUUCCUCAACUAAGUACCCAACAGAGACGGCUUGACGCAUUCAAACAGCUUUCGACGGAGACACCGUUUCCUGUCUUAUCGUGGAGACCGCCUCCUCCACCCCCCCUAUCACGACAAGCAGAUGCUCACCCGCCGCGCUCAACAAUCCCACCUCCUCGUCCACCACGCCCACCACCCCAUCUCUGCCCUCCCAUUCCAGUGACACACCUACACGACAAACCCCUUCCAGCAACCCCCCUCCCCCCACUAACCCGUACUGAAAUCACCCAACGCUGGGCCUCCGCCCUCACACGCGCACGCAACGGAGCCAUCCCAAGCGCGCGACAAGCCUUCCUAUCCCUACUCACACGCGCCCACGGCAGCGACCACUACAUGAUGCGGGCGCAGCUCUGGGCCAACAUCGGGCUUCUGUACAUGCGGACAGGAGAGCACGGCAGCGCGCGCACAGCGUUUGCGCGCGGAUGGCUGCUCAAUCGGGCGGAUCCACUGUGUCAAUUCUUGUUGGGGACGGUGGAGUAUGCGCUUGGAGAGUAUGGGGCUGCGAGGCAGAGUUUUGUGGAGUGUGGGGCUUGGAUGAGGAGAAUGCAGAGGGAGUGGGGGCCUAGAAGAGGGAACGAGUGUGUGGAGUGGGAUUAUUGGGGGGAGAGGUUCGAUUUUGUGCUUAGGGAGGUGGAUGUACGGUGGAAUGCGGCACGGUGUGAGGAUGCGUGGAGUGGGAUGGAGAAGGGAAUGGAACUUGGGGAGGUGAGGAUCAGGGGUGUACCUGAGGGGAGGUUGUUUGGGGUGCCGGAUUUUGGUGGCGACGAAGACGAGACUAAGAGUAUGGGGGAGAAUGAGCAUCUUGAAGACGACGUGAAGAGUAUGGAGAAAAAUGAGCAUCUUGAAGACGAGGUAAAGAGUAUUGGGGAAAAUGAGCAUCUUGAAGACGAGGUUGAAGAUGAUAGUAGCGCUGACUGCCGCAGCGUUGAGACGGUGAGACCUGAGAAGAUUAAUGAGCCCGAAGAGGAAGAAUUGUGUCGUGUUUGGACUGAGAAGGCGUUCCGCGCAUCAAGUAUUUAUUCUAGACCUACGACAUAUGGGGAAAUGAACUGGCCAAACAUGAUGCGGCCUCCAAUGUCAUCAACACCACCACCAGUGCCUCCGAUGCCAUCUAGGUCACCCCCAGAACGGCCAGAUUCACCUCUGGUUUACCUCCAGCCGAUGGUGUACGAUGGUACCACCACACUAGCAGAGAAACAAGGACAUGAAAUGUUGAAGCCAGCAGCAGACGGGGAUGCGGAAGUUGGCGAAGAAGAUGAAGAAGAAGAAGAAGACGAAGAAGAAUCUCCCACGUGGGACAUUUUGAAGCUGAUCGAAGAGGAAAUAAGAGAUCAGGCUACAUUAAAGUUAAAUCCUGGUCCCAAGAUGCGUCCUGUUCUGGUGCAUGCAGAAUCCUAUUUGUCGAACAGGACAACGACAAAGAGCGUUGUUCCAUCGGAAAUGUUCUUCGACCCCAGCACGCUUGCACGAAAGUUCUCGAACACCUCAACAAUCACAAUUUUCCCAUCAGGUGCGCAGAGUGGAGAGCAACCCGCGGCAUCAAUACCACCCCCAUUGCCUGCAGUAGUCGGCCAUCGAUACGAAUGGAUGGAAACUCCAUUGCCAGUUCCAGAGAGCUCGGACACCCCAAUAAAUCGGACGAUCAAGAUGCCCUUCUUUCGCAGGGUCCUAGCACAGUCACCAACAAAGCCAGAUGGGAGCUCGAUCAUGACUUUUCCGAUGCGAUCUCGGAGUAAGCUGAAGAAGGUCGAACGUUGCAACUCGGCGCGUUCUCAGCCUGAAAAGAGCUCUCUUCGGCAUGCUCCAUCCAAACUUCCGACUUUUUUCACCUACAAAACUAUCAAGGAUGCAGCAAGUGGUGACUUAGGUGGAUCUUGAGCGAAC